AUGUCUAAAUCAAAGACUCUGAUACCAAAAACAGUGGUUCAGAUCUUUAGUGAGACAAUAUAUGACUAUUACACAUACAUCCUUGACAAUUUUGUACUUCCUGUCUGGGUUUAUCACUUAGUUCGUGUUUACAUCACAUUCAGUACAUGCUUAUUAUUCACAAAUUUUCAUCAAUCUGGAACAGGUAUUAAACCAUUGGAAGUAUUUCUUAAUCUUUAUGCUACAGAUCUCUCAGAAAAAUGGGCAACAAUAAAUUUUGUAAUUGAUAUGAUCUUAUAUACUGCAAUAUAUACAAGCAUCGGAUACCAUUCACUCGUGUUUACAAAAAAAUCACAUCUAAGCAAAACUUCAACAUAUUUAAACGUUAUUUGCGUAGAAGUUAUAAUUCCUAUCCUUUUGUUAGCCACCGGAAGCCAAAUAGGUAAUAAUGUCGGUCUUAUAUAUAAAAAUAUGAAAAAUUACUUAAUUUGGGUUUAUACAAUAAUUUUACUGUUUUGGCUUAUUUUAACAUUAAUUUUCCAUAACUUAUUCUUAUGCUCCUAUAUACAUUUUGUACCAGGAAGAACAUUUACCCUUUCAGCUGCUCUCCAAGGAUUUGAUAUGAAUGUUAUCAUAUCCGUGAGAUUAUUUGCCAGAUGCGCCAAUGCUCUAAAUGGCACAAUAUAUGCCAUUGGUUUCAGGGUUGCUAUUGCAUUAGUUCUUUUAUUCGGAAUUUUGAUAAUUUUAUUCUACAACGUAUACAUAAAUCGUAAAUAUUCAGGAUUCAUUUGUGCAACAUUCUGUGCAGGUUUUGUGCUUGAUGUCAUCAGCAUUUUUGUUUCACUUGACUGGGUUAUUAGAUUACUUAUCUUCAGUUGUGUCAUAAUGAUUGGAAAUACGGCUAUUUACAAUGUCCUUAAAGCAGGGUCGAAGAAAGCUAAGGAAAUUUACGAUGCUUUUGAAAAUGAGGAAUUAGAAUUUGAAGAUGUUUAUCCAAAGCUUAAUGACCAGUUCCUCAAACACUGCUAUGAAGCAUUUAAGAUGGGACAUCCAUACUUUUUCACAUUUAAGCCUAUUCUCAAUGGAGCUCAUCACGAGAAUACAAAUAAGAAGAUCUGGAAGUUCUAUUUACGUGUUCUUGCCAUUUACAACAACAAAAUAUAUGAUCUAAUGAAUGCCUCACAAGCAUUUAAGAGACUUGGAUUUAAUGAUUUACAAUCUCGUCUUUUUAUUCGAGGCAUUGAUCAUAUUAUUGAUAUCAGAUCCAGAAAAGUCACCAAACAAUGCAAGAAUAUUAUGAAGAAUAUCCAAAGCCAUACGAGAACGCUCAGAACUACAUUAGUGAGAUACUGGCAAGCAAUAGAAAGUGAUGAACCGGGAUCUACAUAUGCAUACGGAUCUUCAGCACAGAAUCAAAUGGAUGAGAUCGACAGAAUGUACGAAUCAGUAUUAACAAAAUGGCCAAAUUGCGCUCCUCUCUUCAAGCAUUAUGCAAAGUUCUUAAAUACAGUUUGUUUCAAUAAACUUAAAGGAGAACAAUAUAAUGCUUUAGCUGCAAUCAAGAGAAGUGUCGACAUGUUGGAAAUCAGGGCGAAAAGGUGUUUUCCCCUGAUUCCGCUUCAAGUAGAGUCUGACAAUCUUUUCCAGCCGAAUCAACAACAGCAACAACAGCAAAGUGACCAAGCAUCAUUAUUAUCAACAGGACCCAUUAGCAAUUCCAGUGAAAUAGAGCAAAAUGAAGAACAAGAAGCUGAAUUAGUUGCUCAGAAUACGCUCUACGAAAUGGGAAAGAACGCACGAGUACCUGUUAACACAGCAAUCAACGUUAUUGUCGUUGUUGCAUUCAUUUUCCUCUUCAUCAUGGGAAUAAUUUUGGCAGAUGUCGUAGUUUUGAAGAAAUACUACAUCUACGAGACUCUUUUACGCUUUUUAUCAUGUUUCACCUCUAUUUUAUUCUACACAUCACGUCCUGUUUACAGAAUUGCAUCAUUAGUUACAGAUGCCUUAGGAAUCUCAUAUGAUUUGCAAAAAACAACAUAA